CUCCACUGCCAAGCUAUUCGAUCGACCUCAAAUGGCAUCGACCUGCAUUCACCGAAAUGUCACUGACUGGCUGACAAGUCCACCUCAAAACGGAGCUUCCUCGAGUGCGGCUGCGUGAAAUGACGCGUUAACUAUCUUACUCACCUGGAACUACCAUUUAACAGAACCAAGUCGCCACAUUUGGUUCCUUCACGACAGAAGCGUCUGCUUGGAUUGCACCUUGACGGCUACAGCUGCGCGCUGAUUCCAGCCUCUCCCCUCGCGCCACGCGCACAUAUUCUCUCCUCGGCAACAAACGGUUACGACCGAUCAUCACAGGACGAAGAUGGAUUCACCAACGAGGCCGCCUCUCCCCCCGCCUCCAAAGCGCUUGCCUAGCCUGAAAAUCCUAAAGGGCCCAUCGGGCCUUUCCAUUACAACCACAGCCGCCCCCUCGACCACUCACAAUACAUCCUUCCAACAGUCAAUGUCUCCAUCGACGCCGUCUCAAGGACCACCGAAAAUCAAGCUGGUCUCCAAAUCACAGCCCCCUACUCCGGCCGAUCCGAGACCCCCGAUACUCACCGCGCACCCAGCGCUAGUCGUGACAACUGAUGAAGGGAGCACAGGGUCCGGUCUCCCGAGGAUAUCACAAACGAAGUCUGGGAGAGUAUCGAAGCCGUCGACAAAGAAGCGGGCGCGAGAUGAAAGCGACGACGGUGACGACGACGUUCCCCUCCGAAACGGGCAAGAGCCGCAAGCUAAGAAAACCAAGAUCACGCUUAAGACGCCCCUGAAUGGCCCUGCAAGGCAGCCAACGCUCAAGGUGAAGCCUGUCGGCAGGAUACCCCAAAAGCCGCUCGGAGAAGGAUAUGACUCGGAAGCCGAAGAUCGUGAGAUUGACCCCGUCAUCGAGGAGCAGUUCCUGUUCCGCAUGAUGCCCGGCGAGCACUGCGAAUACCUGCGGAAGUGCGUGCAAGAGAAAAAGAUUGGCAUCCCCAGAGCGCAGGGCGGGGCGGAUUUCUCGCUCAAGUGGUUGGAUGAAGAGGGUCGCAGGGCCGUUGUGACUAUCUUGGGUCAGCUCUACGCCGCCAUCCUCCUCGAUCUGCCCACCAUCACCGAGGGCAUGAAGACAUGGGACAAGAAGGCGAUGGUCAAGUCAGCCGACAUCUGUCAGAUGUUGUUGGUUUUCGCGCAAGUCCGGAGCGAGGAGGAGGCGAAAACGGCACCCCUGCCUAAGGCGGUAGAACACGGCCAUCGGUGGCCGCAUGGCAUCACACCACCCAUGCACGACGCCAGGAAUCGCCGAUUCCGAAAGCGCCUCAGCAAGCUCGAAAUAAAGAACAAGGAGGCUGAGGUGGAGCGGCUUCUUGCGGCCGAUCGUGACGCUAUGAGCGUACGGACCGAGUGGCUCGAUAAUAAACAAAAUCGUGCCGCGGACGAGGAUGAUGGAGAAGAAGAGUUCGAGGAAGAUGCCGAGGGAGAAGCGGAUGAUUACUUUGGGGAUGCCGACAUGGAGCGGCAACUCGAAGAAGAAUUCGAGGUCGACGAAUCUGCCCUCGAGGCCGAGUUUCUGGAGGCGGCCGAGACGCCAGCCUUCGAGGUCGCCACGCCUGGGGCUGCGUUUGACGCGGUCACACCCGGGACUGGCACGGCCGGCACCCCCCAGCCGCAGACCGAGGAGGAAGAGGCGGACGGGGCCGAAGAAGAGGAGUCGGACGAGGAUGAUGAGGAGGAUGUUGACGAGGGUGGCGAUGGCGACGAUGGCGAGGACGAAGACAGGCACGCCGGCGUACGAAAUGAGAUUGCUAACCUCAAGAAGCAACUCAGAAUGUACGAAGAACAACUGGCUGCCUCGGUCCAGCCCAUCAUGCGGAAGCGCCUCGAGGGCAACAUCAGGAACGUCAAGUCGGAGAUCCUGCUCAAGAUGUCUUCCAUCGGUGAGGUGGAAGAGGAUUAGGCGGCCUCAGAGUAGUUCCAGCCGUUGGGGAACAGUCAUAAGGAGCACAGGCAGGGGUUUCACGAAACCAGUGGCGAGUGCAUCGCCAUGAUAUCCGUGAAAACUUGAGGACACUGUGAGGGUAAUUCCAAAGAUCUAGCUGGAGAUUAGGAACAGGUACUGAGUACCAGUUGAUAUGAUGAUCGUGUGGGGGCAUCAUCAACGGUCCCUAAACAUCUGAGCAACGGGGGAUGCCUGGAGCUAUCCGGACUUCAGAUCUCCAUAGCCCAUUACCUGAUGUUCUGUCUGCAUGUCGGCCCAGUCGAGGUCACCACGCACGCAUGAAUAUGGAUAGCGCCAAUAGAAGGGAUGGGGUGAUAGGUACCAAAGUUUAUGCCGUUGGUGUAUCGCGCCUAUUCAGCAUACACACAAUACACUGGUGU